AUGCCAGUCUUCAACACCUCAGAAGUGGAAAUCUCUACCUUCUUCCUUAUUGGGAUUCCAGGAAUAGAGUCAGCUCAUAUUUGGUUUUCUAUACUGAUUUGCCUCAUGUACCUCCUUGCCAUCCUGGGGAACUGCACCAUCCUUUUUUUCAUAAAAACAGAGAGCUCUCUGCAUGAGCCUAUGUAUUAUUUCCUCUCCAUGCUGGCAUUUUCUGAUCUGGGACUGACCAUCUCCUCCCUACCAACCAUGCUGAGAGUCUUCUUAUUCAAUGCCACAGGAAUUUCUCCCAAUGCCUGCUUUGCUCAAACAUUUUUCAUUCAUGGAUUCUCAGCUAUGGAGUCAUCAGUACUUCUCAUCAUGUCCACUGAUCGCUUCACAGCCAUCUAUAACCCUUUGCGAUACACUUCUAUUCUUACCAGUGCCAGAGUCAUAAAAAUUGGCCUUAUAUUUCCUGGAUUAAGUAUUUUGUUCAUCCUUCCUUUCCCUUUUAUUCUAAGGAGGCUGAAAUUUUGUAAGAAAAGCCUUUUAUCCCACUCCUACUGCCUCCACCAGGAUGUCAUGAAGCUGGCCUGUUCUGACAACAGGGUCGAAAUCUAUGGUUUCAUUGUGGCUCUUUCAGCUUUGCUAGAAUUGGUAUGCAUUUCUGUGUCUUAUAUACUGAUAUUGAAAAUUGUUCUGGGCAUUGCCUCACAAAAAGGCUGCCUCAAGGUCCUCAACACUUGCACCUCCCACAUCUGUGCUGUUCUCAUCUUCUAUGUACCUAUUGUUACCUUAGCUGCCCUCCAUCAGUUUGCCAAAACUGCUUCUCUAGUCAUCAGAAUCAUUGUUGCUGAUAUCUUCCUUCUGGUUCCCCCUGUAAUGAAUUUCAUUGUGUAUUCUGUGAAGAGUCAGCAGAUUAGAAAUCUGCUCCGAGGGAAGUUAUGUGAGAAACAGGGUUAA